CACUCUCCCCCAACCCUUCCUCUCCCUCUUCUUCCUCCCCCUGCUCCUGCGUUUACGCAAGAGAGUGCACGUUUGCGCACGGUCGUCACUCUAUCCGAGCAGGACGGACAACACAAACUUUAUACAGAAGAGAGGGAAAAUCUGCGCUCCUGGACGCAGCAGCUUUGUACUCUUUAAGGUGGUGCUGGUUCUCCUUUGGAUUAAAUACAUUUCUUCUAUUUAUUUUUGCUUUCGCUGCCGAUUGCGCGGGGUUGAGUCCGGAGUCGUCUCCAUUUGGCUGCAGACGCAUCUGUCACCAUCUGCAACCGGGUGCCUGAAGCUGUCAAAGUCAUGCCGGCCCGGUUUCAGCAGCUCGGAGGGGAGACGGUGACUGGGACCCUCGCUCUGUCGGUCUUCACUGCUGUUCUGGGAUCGCUGACGUUCGGCUACAACAUCGGAGUCAUCAACGCACCCCAGAAGAUCAUCGAGGAGGACUACAAUGCGACAUGGAUGCACCGGUACGGAGAACCCAUCCCCACAGGGACCCUCACCUCCCUCUGGUCGCUGUCUGUGGCCAUCUUCUCCAUCGGUGGCAUGAUCUCCUCCUUCUGCGUGGGUUUCAUCUCAGAGUGGCUCGGCAGGAGGAAAGCGAUGCUCGCCAACAAUUUGUUUGCCUUCGUUGCUGGGAGUCUGAUGGGAAUCUCCAAGCUUUGCCGCUCCUUUGAAAUGAUGAUCCUGGGACGUUUCAUCAUCGGGGCCUACUGUGGGCUUGCAUCUGGCCUGACACCAAUGUAUGUGGGGGAGAUCGCUCCUACAAGUCUCCGAGGUGCGCUCGGCACGUUGCACCAACUGGCCAUAGUCACCGGCAUUCUUCUGGCACAGAUUCUGGGUCUGGAGUCGUUGCUGGGCAGUGAACAUCUAUGGCCCGUUCUGCUGGGUUUAACCGUGGUGCCGACCGUCCUCCAGAUGGGUCUGCUGCCCUUCUGCCCCGAGAGCCCUCGAUUCCUCUACAUCAUCCGCUGUCAGGAGCACCACGCCAAGAGCGGCUUGAGGAGGUUAACGGGCCGGCAGGAGGUGGGCGACAUGCUGGCAGAGAUGAAGGAGGAGAAGAGGAGGAUGGACAUGGAGAGAAAAGUGUCCAUCCCUGAGCUCUUCCGCUCCCCUCUCUAUCGCCAGCCCAUCAUCAUCGCCAUCCUGCUGCAGCUCUCCCAGCAGCUCUCUGGAGUCAACGCGAUCUUCUACUACUCCACCAGUAUUUUCAUGAAGGCAGGAGUCCAGAGUCCAGUCUACGCCACGAUAGGAGCCGGAGUAGUGAACUGCGCCUUCACUGUGGUCUCGCUUUUCCUUGUGGAGAGGAUGGGCCGGCGGACGCUUCACAUGCUGGGACUGGGAGGAAUGUGCAUUUCUGCCGUUAUCAUGACCGUAGCUCUGGCUUUACUGGAAAGCAUUCCUUGGAUGAGCUACAUUUCCAUGCUAGCUAUCUUUGGCUUUGUGGCCUUCUUUGAGGUGGGUCCAGGUCCCAUUCCUUGGUUCUUUGUAGCUGAGCUGUUCUCUCAAGGCCCAAGGCCGGCUGCCAUGGCUGUUGCAGGCUUCUCCAACUGGACCGCCAACUUCAUCAUUGGCAUGAGCUUCCAAUACGUUGCAGACUUCUGUGGGCCAUAUGUAUUCCUGAUCUUCGCAGUGCUCCUCCUCUUUUUCCUCAUCUUCACAUUCUUUCGGGUGCCGGAGACCCGGGGAAAGACCUUCGACCAGAUUUCCGCCAACUUUAAUCAGCACUCGGCGGCGGGCAUGAUGGACAUGGACUUGGACAUGGAGCUGAACAAGCCCAGCACGGAGCUGGACUACCUGGGGGACGAGAGCAUCAAUUGAAAAGUCCGAACGAAGCAAACCGAGUUCAGUUUAAGGUGACGUUUGUACACGGGCCCCCCCUACUCCAAAAUGUUAUUUUCUGACCUAUGUUUUGAUAUCUGUAGAUCUAUUCAUAUAGCUUGUGGUGCCAAAGCAGUGUUACGAUGCGUGUGUGACGAUGUGGAUGUUUUUUUGGAACCGCUGUUUGCUGGUACCACAGCAGUCUGAUAACUGGUGGUUCGGAUCUUUGCUCUGACAGCUCAAUAAAUAUGGGUUAGAGACUGACAGCCGCAUUUUCAACAACAACAACAAAACAGACUGUCAAGACAUUGACUGCCAGUGUGUUGUGACUUUUUUUCAAUGCUGAUGAACUCGGACGCAGUAUUGGAAGAUGGAGAAAUUUUGGAAUUCCUGCACUUUAUGUAGAAAGACUUCGGCGAACGGGGGUACAGGUACUGUAGGACGGUGGUGUCCAACUCCGGUUCUCAGGGCACAUUGUGCUGAAUGUUUUAGAUGUGACCGUGCUCCAACAAAUCAGACUCGGUUACCUCCUUUGCGUCCCGUUGUGCAAAGGCCUGGUAGCAUUCUACGUGCGUUCAACCUAAUAAACAUCUAAAACAUGGAGGACACGGUCUGGAGGGCUGAAACUGGACAUCACUGAUAUAUAACUUGAUGGUUUUCACUUAAGAUGGGGACACGCUAGAGUAAGGCUUUGUGGGAAGCUGACUAAUGGUUGAGGUUCUUCCUCAUUUUGGGACAUUUUAAGAGAUUUUGGAAGUGGACUAGUAUUUAGGGGGGAAAAAAUUUUAAUUUUCAAACUAGUUUGUACCAGUACCAGAAAUGUAACUGCUGAAUGCAGUUGAGACGAAGCAACAUUUUAGCUGGACUUUCACAUAAUUCUGGACAUUGGAGGAUGAAGUUUUAACUUUGACCAUUCUUGAAGAGUAACUUAGUUUUAUUUGGAAGUAAAUAUUUAACUGCAAAGCUGUUGGCUAAUAAUAGCGACGUUAACACAUAUUUACCUCAAUCUGCCUUCCCAAAUGGCCCAGCAUGGUUCUUGAGCUUUAUCAUCUCAACCACUGAAUAUACCUAAAAAAAUAACAUCAAGGGUAGUGAAAGUGUAUCCAACUGCCCAUCAAUUUUAUUGCCAUGUAGUAGGCUACUUGCAUCCUUUUCAUGUUCCGCUUGACUGAUAUCACGUCGUGGGGCAACAGGACUAGGAGAGAAACUCAUUCUGGGGGAACCCAAGUGAGUCUACCCCCCAGUGAGUUCUGGGUUAUCUCCAUGGUCUUCUCCGAGUGGGACGUACCCAGAAACCUCGGUGGCAUACUGAACAGUUGCCCAGCGGUGGCUCUACUUUGAGUUCCCCAGGGUAAAUGGCUUGUACAUAUAUAGUGCUUUAACUAGUCCGACGACCCCAAAGCUUUAACCAGAGCUCCUCACCCCAGCUCUAAUUUUGGCUGCUUGCAUCAGGGACCGCCUUCUGUCGGUCAUGAGCCAUACUUCCUGACUAUGGUAUAUUGCAUCAAGCAAUCAUUGCAUUAAAGUGGUUGACCCAAUAAGACUGUGCAACUCUAAUCUUUAGGCUUCACAAAUAAAACAAUGUUGAAACUUGCCUCCCAUCUGGACAUUGUAUAGAGCCACUGCUUCUGGAGCAGCUCUUUCAAAAUCAAAUUUUCAUGGCUUGGUCAAAUAAUUCCUGGAGUAUGUUUGACGAAAUACAGAUUUAAAGCAGAGUAUAAGGGCCUCUAAUGAUGUAAAAUCAACUUUUAACAGUCAUGCUAUUCAGUUAUCAGAAUCAUGCCCAAAGUGGGAUUUUGCUUGAUUCAUGCAUGUCUGAGUAAACUAAUGAAUUCUGCUCUCUGAGCAGCAGCAGCCCCUCCCUGUCUUAGAAAAUUAGUCACCAUGACCAGGUCUAUGGCUCCAUCCGAAUACUCUUAAUAGCUCCUGCUCCGUAACCCUUCAUGCGAUUAACAAGAACUAUCGUGGAUAGGAAAGGAGCCUCGGACUGCUGUGCCGAUUUCGGACAGCCAUUAAAUACACGGUCAUUAUGUGAUGGAAACAAACUAUAAAGUGUGUGCCCUCUUCUCUCCGGACAUUUUCGUUGUUUUCUGUGAAGGGUUUGUUUAUAUGUCAUGUCACGCAAAGGAUUGUGGAAUACCUUAAGGCUUCUUAGCGGCAAGGGACGUCACGUGUUCCUAAGCAAAAAUAGUAUACUAGAGUAUAGAGUAUCCUUUUCCUACCUCCUUCCUUACUGCGCUAUUUGGACAGGACGUAUGGCGACCGCUGACACACUUCUGCUUUGGCUAAAGUGUCCUUACGCGAGGAUAUUUGGAUGGAGCCUAUGUAGAGUGGUCAAUACCCGCCCCCUCCAGGAAUUACCUACCUGGACUGCCUCACCCCACCUAGUAAAAAGACCCAGAGCCCAAUCAUUUCUGCUCAAAAUUGAGACAAAGUGGCUCUUUAGCACCUGAUCUGCACAGCAAUGGCUCUUUAAUAUCAUGCAGCAGCUCUAGGGCAACUCCACCUGGGGAGAGGCAGCGUCGCAGUGAAAGCAAGCGUCUCUUAAUCCAGUAAAACAGCACCGGAAAACUGUUUAAUACUUCAUGGGGCAAAAACCA